CGUGCGGCCGCGGGGUGGCGGUGGCGUGCUGCAGCACUCAGAGCGCUCACACGCAUCCGCCGCAGAAGAAGAAACGGCGUCAGCGGUGGAGAGUCGCGUUCAGAGAAACAGCAGCAGGCAAAAUCAUGGAGGAAACCGCGAAAAAGGAGAAAAAGCAGGCGGAGAUCACGGAGGAGAAGAACAAACAACCGGCGGGGAAAGACAAGGAGAAGAAAGAGGAGCAGGAGCUGUCAGAGGAGGACAGACAGCUGCAGGAGGAGCUGGAGAUGCUCGUGGAGAGACUCAGUGAGAAGGACACGUCUCUGUAUCGUCCGGCUCUGGAAGAACUGCGGCGUCAGAUUCGCUCCUCCACGACCUCCAUGACAUCGGUGCCUAAACCGCUCAAGUUCCUGCGACCGCAUUACGCCAAACUCAAGGAGAGCUACCAGAACAUGACGUCAGGAGACAACAAGCAGUUCUGCGCUGACGUGGUGUCUGUUCUCGCUAUGACUAUGAGCAGCGAGCGAGAGUGUCUGAAAUACCGUCUGCUGGGCUCACAGGAGGAGCUGGCCUCAUGGGGACACGAAUACGUCCGGCAUCUGGCAGGAGAGGUGGCUAAGGAAUGGCAGGAGAUCGAGGAAGGGGAUAAAGCUCAACAGGAAUUGCUGCUGAAGCUGGUCAAAGAGAUCGUCCCGUAUAACAUGGCCCAUAAUGCCGAGCACGAGGCCUGUGACCUCCUGAUGGAAAUCGAGCGGCUUGACAUGCUGGACACGUACAUCGACGAAAACGCCUACUCUAAAGUCUGCCUGUACCUGACCAGCUGUGUGAGUUACGUCCCCGAGCCGGAGAACUCGGCUCUGCUGAAAUGCGCCCUCAGCAUCUUCCGCAAGUUUAACCGUUACCCAGAAGCCCUCAGGCUCGCGCUGAUACUUAAUGAUGUGGAGCUGGUGGAGAACAUCUUUACUUCCUGCAAGGACAUUGUCAUUCAGAAGCAGAUGUCGUUCAUGUUGGGUCGACACGGCAUGUUCCUGGAGCUCAAUGAAGAUGUGGAGGAUUUUGAAGAUCUGACGGAGAUCAUGUCCAACGUGCAGCUCAACAGCAACUUCCUUGCCCUCGCUAGAGAGCUGGACAUCAUGGAGCCGAAAGUGCCAGACGACAUUUACAAAACCCACCUGGAGAACAACCGCUUCGGCAGCAGCGGCUCACAGGUGGACUCCGCUCGCAUGAAUCUGGCCUCCUCCUUCGUCAACGGCUUCGUUAAUGCUGCGUUCGGACAGGACAAGCUGCUCACGGAGGACGGGAACAAGUGGCUCUACAAGAACAAGGACCACGGCAUGCUCAGCGCGGCGGCGUCUCUGGGAAUGAUUCUGCUGUGGGACGUGGACGGCGGGCUGACGCAGAUCGAUAAAUAUCUUUAUUCAUCCGAGGACUACAUCAAGGUGCAGAUCCACAAUAGUGUGCUCACUUCAAAGGCUGCAUGAUUUG